GGCUUGGUGAAGGGAAAGAUGGGAACGACGGGAGAAAACACAGUGAUGUGUGUGCUGUGAAUUCAAAGCUGGGUGGGUCUACAAAGUUUCACAUUCCCAAAUAACUCCCGCGCCGCGCGUUAAAGAGCUUCCAGUUUUCAGAAGACCACAAUGUGGAUGCUGGCAGGAAUCGUUUUACUUCACGUAACUACUAUCAUCCUGCUCCUGGUUUCCAGCAUUGACAAUGCCUGGUGGGUCACUGAUUCCGUGUCAACUGACCUGUGGGGCAAGUGGGAGUUAACACACAAAGUCUGGCAUUACACCAACCUGAAAGACUCCCCAGAAGAUGAUUAUCUCCAGACAGUGCAGGCCACUUCAGUGCUGGCCUGUGUUUUUACCAUCCUUGCCUUGUUUGUGUUUCUGGCUCAGCUGUUCACCCUGCCCAAAGGCCAGAGGUUCACCUUCACUGGCAUUUUACAGCUAAUCGCCUGCCUGUGUAUAAUGAUAGCAGCCUCAAUCUACACGGACAAGUUCCACGUCAAUGAGAGACCCGGAGGUUACGGACACUGCUACAUCCUGGCGUGGAUCUCGUUUGGCCUCACCUUCGCCUUAGCGAUCACCUACCUCAUCUUGCGUAAGAAGAAAGAGUGAGGGGGAAAACAGAAUGAGGGCAGGGCUCACGUUCCUCUUUUUAAAAUUGGGAGAGAAAAAAAUUGAACACCAUCUGAAGCUACGAACGUACCAAAAUGUCCAAUUGCUAAUGAGAGCCAUUUUCUAUACUGCUUUUUGAAUAUAUAUAUUAAAAAAAAUGAAAUGGAGCAAAUGCUAACAUUGGAAGUGUGAGACACUUCUUUUUCUUUCAACAAUGUUUUUUUUUUUUUUUUUAAAUAAUGUGAGUACAGUGCCUCAAUUAUUGGCAGCAUAACCCUAACUAAUAAAUCAGCUAUUUUGUCUUAAAUAGGAAUUUUCAGUCCACAAGACAUAAGUACUUUAAAAGGAAUAGCUUGGCAUUUUGAGAAAUGCUUGUAAUUUGCUUUUUUUUUUUUUUUUUUUUUGCCAAGAGAUGACAAGAUUGAUGAGUCUACUGUUUUUAAAUAUAAAGAUUUUGGUCAGUUUCAGUUUACUGAAACAAUUGCUGAAGAGUACAUUCACAUUUUUUUGCUGACAUUUUUUCAAAAAAAGCUCUAGUGUAUAAAUUAUAAAUAACCAUUUUUGGCUAAGUUGCAAACAAAAUGGGAAGUCCUAGCUUUAGAGGUGAUGCCAGAUUGAUGGAAACCUGUUCUCCCAUUUUCAGUCUUUAUGCUAAACUAAGCUAGCUGGCUGCAGAGUGCAGUACACAGACUGUUCAUAAGAGAUGGUCACAGCUUCUGGGAUGCAUUCUUUCUAAUGACCAGCAGGGGGUGACAAAACGGCUCAGGAAACUCUUCAUGGUCUCAGUCACUAGUUGAAGUGUUAUGACUAUAACAAGAUAUUUAAAAUAUAAAUAUAUAUUGGUCCUCUUUAGAGUGAAAAGUCAAACAAUUCUUAUUAAUUUUUUCAUCUCCUAUUUGGUGUAAAAUUCAAUCAUAUUCCCAAAAUGUUGACCUGUUCCUUUAAGAUACAAAAAGGUUGAUGGGGUCUAAAAAACUGAGUGAGAAGGUGAGGCAUGUUGGCAAAAUAAGGUUCUUGUUGUAGUACUUGAACAAUCAGGAAUGACAAUCCUUCAUUUACAGUACAAGUAGCUUUAAUCAUGUUAAUCAUUUUACAGCUAGAAAAAAAUACAUUAUACAUCAGUCUAUGUACAUUGUAGCCAUCAUAUAUGUUUUUGUUGCAUUUUGUAUUGAGGUUUUUUUCUAUUGCAUUUAGAUUAUGUGUCUGUAGUGGGCUGCUAUCUUAAGAAAAAGUACAUGCAUUUGUACAUGUGAACAUUAGGUGACCCAGGGAUGGAGGACAAAGGCUUCAUUUCAACAUAUUACAGAACUAUGCAAUAGAAGAUUUUGUUUUUUUGGAAUCUAAGCCAUGUUAUGUCAUUUAUUAAUAAAAAUAAUAAAACAUUCAUGUUUUAUCUA